UGUGCGGCGGCCACUAGAGCUGUCAAGGUCUCGAGUCAGAAGAAAACCGUAUCUGUGAUGUUGGAAUAAGUUGGAAUCAUUAGCGCCAAAUGUUACGAGGAAAAGUGUGCUAUUUCGAACAACUUAUGUCUGUAUUGUAACAAGGAGCGAGUUUAUCCAGCCGGUCAAUCUGUGUUCCUUGGAUUCAAUUCUUGGAGAGAAAUUUGAUCCCCAAUGCUAAAUGGCCAAGAAGACGUAUGAUCUGCUGUUCAAGCUUCUCCUUAUCGGAGAUUCAGGAGUUGGGAAGACUUGCGUUUUGUUUCGUUUUUCUGACGACGCAUUUAACACCACCUUUAUUUCAACUAUAGGAAUUGACUUCAAGAUCAAGACUGUUGAAUUACAAGGGAAGAAGAUUAAACUCCAGAUAUGGGACACAGCUGGCCAGGAGCGAUUCCACACAAUCACAACUUCCUACUACAGAGGAGCCAUGGGAAUUAUGCUCGUCUAUGACAUCACCAACUCCAAAAGCUUUGAGAACAUCAGCAAGUGGCUGAGGAAUAUAGAUGAGCAUGCAAAUGAAGACGUGGAAAGAAUGCUCUUGGGUAACAAGUGUGACAUAGAGGACAAGCGCAUUGUACCAAAGGCCAAGGGAGAACAGAUUGCUGCGGAACACGGCAUUAGGUUUUUUGAGACGAGUGCGAAAGCUAACAUCAACAUUGAAAAAGCCUUCCUCACACUUGCUGAAGAUAUACUGAGCAAGACUCCAGGAAGAGAGGCCAACAAUGAAAAUGUGGACAUGAACAGUGGGAGUGGCUCAGUAUCGAAAAGCAAGUGUUGCUGAACGACUCACUGACUGUUUCCUCUUUCACAUCUUCUUUUAUCUCUUUUCCAAAUUUCCUGUUUUACUCUCACACACCUAUAUGCCGAAUGGAAUUAAUCACCUUUUCUACUUUUUUUCCAUGAUAAAUUGUGAGAACAGUAAUUCAAAGAAACAUGCAAGUAAAGGGACUGGACUGUAUCAUAUUCUUUUUUUUUUUUUUUGGUUUUUAAAUGAACAAAAUCAAAGUGGGCUAGACAUUAUUACAUUGUGUUUGUUUUUGUAAUAGUCUGUCCACACAUGAAAAGGUUGUGUUAAUAGUUUUGGUCUGACAUAUUAACACUUCUAACUCAAGAAAUCAGAUGAGCACUAUUGUGUUUCCGGUACUAUACAAACCACAUAGAACUGCACUGUAUGUCAUAGACAUAACUGUAUUGUGACUAAUUUACUAAUUAAUGAUGGAACAGAAUUUUUCACAAUUACAGAACUAUGAUAAUGUCGUGUGCCUUAUAUGUAAUUGGAUGAAACUUAGCUCUAGCCCUUAUCAAGCUCUUCUGACACUGUUACUCAGAAUGACAUUAGGGCCUUGAACAGCUAAACCAGGCAUGGUCAAGAAUGGUUAGAGCAAAAAAUCCAUGAACACUGCCACAGCAAAGAGGAAGAAUUCACCAUACCUGGUCUGGUUAGAUGGUCACUAAGAAAGACCAAUGGAGUAUACUCAUUCUGUUCAGUAUACAGAAACGUUUGUAACGAAACAACGCAUUGACUUACAGAAACACCCUCAGUAUAAUAGAUCAGCUCUAUGCAGUGCUGAAAACUAUGCAAACUGUGGCUCGUUGGUCACAGUAAAUCUUUUUGUUCAUACAACUGCUUUUUUUUUUUGUUGUGACGAAAGUCUGUCCCAGUUCUUUAAUAAUAAUUAACAACAUUCUUUUCAGGCACUUUUGACUUUCUAACUUUGGAAACCUGAGUUCUGUAUUGUGUGGAAAUCUUGCUGCUCAGUUUCAGUAUCCAUGUUUUGUUGUCUGUGGGAGCGAUCAAUGCCACUGACAUGCUGGGAACUAAGACAUGCUGCUCGUAAGCACAUGACAAUAAUUUGUAUCCUCAUACCAUGAAGUGUAGUCAUGUCUCACUGGUUUUGAGUCAGAGGUUUUCUUUGGGAAUCUAUUUAGUGCGUUUCAGGGUUUCUGUAGGUCUUUCUCUCAUAUAUGUGCUCCUAAACACCAGAACAUUCUACCAUGCCGCAUGGGACUGUUAUUUUCUGUACUCUCAUUUGUGUGCUGUUGUACAUUUAGUAUAACUGGUGGAAGGGUGCUGUCACUCAUCAGGUAUAAUCUGUUCUUUUCUUUAAGAAAAAAAAACACUUCGGUUUAUGGGUUUUGUGUUACAUAUUUGACAAGAUCAAAUAAAUUCAUUCAAAAGUGUUUCAUGACCUAAAAAUUGGUAGUGGUGAUUGGCUGAUGUAGCUACCAAAAUCUUAAGUUUGUUGGUCAUAAUAACAGAAUCUGAUCUUAGAUUUUCCUGUUAUUUUACAGAGAGACAGAGUUCUCACUGAGUUGAUUAACGACGUCCACAGGUGCAUGCCACAUUUGCACCUAGAUAUCUUUUUUUUUGUACUACUCAUUUUAGUCAUGCAUUUUGCACAUUUGGCUUGAUGUUGUCAAGAAUCCUGGUUUACAUUAAAGAAUUUAUAGCCAAAAUAAUGUAGAAAGAUUUCGAAUUCACACAGAAGCUUCAAAAGAAUGAUGUGUAAUAAGAUCACAAGUGUUUUCCAAGCUGUCGGGCUUGAGGGCAUUGAAUGCAUUUUAGGAAUGUCUCAUUUAGGGAAAAUGUUUUAUGGAAUGGGACUUUUGGCUCAUGUUCACAACUUGUUUUCAAAGUGUUUUCUUUUUUUCCCACCAAUUAAAUCACAAUAGUAUGCAGUUUUAUAAACUUGUUUUUCCUUUUUCAAAUGAUCACUAAUAAACUCACUGGAU